AUGUCUUUCACAUCUACAGCAACUGGCAUUGCUCCAACAAGCCUAAACCUUAAUAUGUUUGACAGGACGGAAGAGAGAAGACAGAGACUGCCUGUGCUUACCGACGAUGAAGAUAUCUUUUCCCUUGACAUGGUUACCAUGGAUAUGGAGUUUGACCAGGCCUACUCUAUGUACAACCAGAUGCAACAGAAGAAUGCUCUUUCUGGAGUUGAACAGCUUCAAAAGGCCAAACAGCGUCAACAACAUCAGCCACAACAACAGCAGCACCAGCACCAGCAGCAGUCACAUGCUAUUCAGAGUCAAAACCAGAAUCAGGGUCAGAACCAGCAACAGCACUUCCAGCUGCCUUAUGCUAACCAGACCAACGCCUUUUAUCCUGAAUCUUAUGGUUCUUACGAUAACAAUGUCCCUGGCCUUCCGCUUCUUCUGCCGCCAAGCGAGCAGGGUGGACUUUUCAGUGGUCUGAAAACAGCCAAUCCGAUUUCCAACAAGGAAGACGAUAGCCUUGACCAUUUCUUUCUUAAUACGGAGCUGAAUGCGUUGGAGAAGUUUUUGGAUAACUUGGCUUCUUCUUCUCUGGGUAACCCAUUGGAGCUUUACAACCAGCAGGCCCAGAACCAGAACCAGAACCAACAACAACAACAACAACAUCACCAACAACACCAUCAACAGCAUCACUCUCCAAAGAUGCAUGCGUCGAUCUACGAUAACAUGCAUACAAUGGACCCGCUUAGGAAACCCGAGGCUCGUGAAAUUCCAGAUUUCGUCAAGAAGGAAAUCACUGACGCUUUUAGACACCCUCCAGUGCAAAGCUUAAAGAGUUUUGGCCAAGGUAAAGAAGGUCAGCAAGCCAAUACACAGCUCCCCACGCCGCUUGACUCAAGACAAGCUUCUGCCAGUGAAAAGCGUACGCUGGAGCAAUCUGAGCUUGAUCUGCCUCCAUGGCUGCCAUCAAGCAAAAAGAGAAGAAGAUCAAGCACCAGACCGCUUCUUACCUUGGAACAGAAGCGUCUUAACCAUUCCCAUUCCGAACAAAAACGUCGUCUUUUGUGCAAGCAGGCUUACGAGAGAUGUCUUCGUUUGAUCACCAAUGUGGAUGAUUACAAGAACGACUUGGUUUCUGCAUCUGCCGUGACGCUGUCGAAGAAGAAGAGCAAGAGAAAGCAAAUCAAUAAGGACGGAUUGCCCAACUUGCUGAAACACACGGCGUUGUUGAAGGUUUCUGGUGAGAUUUUAAAGAUUAAGGGCAAGAACGAAGAGUUGAAGAGACUUCUUGGGCAAUACGCUUAA